GCAGAAAAAUUCUGUCUCUCUCCACCACAAUCCGCUGAAUCCCGGCCUCGUCCUCUGCAGCUGGAUUCCCGUCUGCCUGCCUUGACGCUGCCGCAGCCGCUGCAUCUCCAGUUCUCCAUCCGCUCGUCGUCGAAUCGCAGCCCCCGUCGAGGAGAAAAAGGCCUGCGGCCACUCAGAAUCCAGGAACCGGCAAACUUUUUUUGGGCGCCGCCCAAUCAAUCGCGACGCAAACAUGGUUUCUUUUUCGUGCGAGGCGUGUGGUGACGUCCUAACCAAAAAGAAACUCGACCCUCAUCGCAGUCGCUGUCGAGGCGCAACCUUUACCUGUAUUGAUUGCAUGGUAUACUUUCCCGGCGUCGAAUAUCGUUCUCAUACAACUUGCAUGACCGAAGAGCAGAAAUACCAAGGCGCAUUGUACAAACCAAGGCAAAACAAGAAGCAGCAGCAGCACCACCAACAACAACAACAACGACAGCCACAACAACAACAGUCCACCAUGAACUCACAUCGUUUAGGCAUGGCCAACACGCUGGCCCUGCAGCCAUAUGUCGAGGAUGCUGGCGAUGACAAAGAAUAUGAGUCGUGGCACGAGUACGAAGACAAGUCUCGACCUCCCCCAGAGGCGCCAACCCCUCCAUCUGCCGCCGACGAUGAUCACGUCAACGUCUUUGACUUUUUGGACAACUCUCAAACCCCGACUGCUUCGAACCUGAGCCAUGCGCGAGACCGAAAAGCUCCUGAUGCCGCCGACAGCACCUCUCUUGUGCGCUACGAGACAAAGAGCGGAGAGCUCCUAGAGCCAGCUUCCCUUAUGGACCGAGACGGAGAGCCACUUGUACAAUACGGAACCGGCCCUGUGCCUACAGGUGCUGUCGCCACCCCUCAGCCCAAGUCGGAGCGACGGAAAUCAAAGGAUGGCGAUGCCAAGAAGGACAAGAAGCGGAAGCGCUUGCACGUGGAUGUUACUGGCGACCAAAUCAUGGCUGACGCACCCCCCGUCCUUCACUCUGGUCUCACUGGCGGCCUGAAGAACAUGAUGCGGCCUGCUUUUCCACCGUCACCCGAUUACUCUGGAGAUAACAUCGCCGAUCUCUCGCCGACAAGCCCACUCAAGAAGACGAAGCACUCUCGACACCACAAGAGCCACCACCACCACCAGACAAGCAACAGCCUCUUUGGCAUGAUUGCUGGCGCCCCACCCAAGACCAAGUCGAGCAAGCACAAGUCCUCUUCCAAGAAGCACUCCUCCCACAAGCAUGAGAAGAAGGAGCCCAAGCUCAUCGAUUUCCGGCCGGGUUCUAAGGACGGCAAAGAGGAGAACCUCGACGGGCAGAUGAUUGUCUUCAAGCCCCGCGCUGAUGUCUUCCUCAGCUUCGUCAACAAGGGACCGGAGAGCGAGCGCGGCUGCAGCAUGAACAAGGCCUUGAAGCGAUUCCACCGGGAGCGCCAGGCCGCCGGCUCUAGCACCCCCAAGGGCAAGGAAGAAAAGGAACUGUGGCGCUCACUGCGACUUCGACGCAACGACCGAGGCGAAAUUGUUCUCUUUUGUGAAUAAACAAGAAAGAAGAAAUCUAUCGAAAAAAGUAAAAGCAUAACCCAAAAAAAAUGAGGAAAAGGAAAAAACUCGACGGAGUUCGUCCAAAGGGCGGGUCCUGCUCAGUGUUACUUGGAUACAGGAGUUUUGCUGGAUCAUCUUGCUUGCUUUGACAGCGUUUUUAUAUGCUUGGCCGGAACGGAACUGUACCACUAUGUCUUCUAUCUGUCAUACUAUUUUAAAGGGUCAUGGAUAGACGGGCAAACUUGGUCUUCCCCCCCUGUAACAACAUCAACAUCGACAUCGACGUUUCCCGAGAUCAUGUGGCCAAGGUGCGCCGUCACGGAGCAAACAUCUGGGGUUUGCAAGACGGCGCUGCUUUGGCCAUGGAGUGGGAAUUGUCAACUAAUCUUGUGGCAUUAUAACUACGGUAUGAGACGGAAAGAUGGACAUUGGGAGCAGUAAUGACGGAGAUGAAUGAUACCAUGAAGGAGGAAUGUGUGAUGGGAAAGCUUCAAUUCUCUUUGUUCUAUUUAUUUUGUCUUUUUUCAUUUUCAUUAUGUAUGAUGGCAUACGAGGUGGAUCAUUGGCUGACAAGCCUAGCAAGGCAUCUGCUCUAUUUUCAUAUCUUUUUGGUGUUUAUCCUUUCUCUUCUUCUUCUUCUUCUUCUUCUUCUUCUUCUUCUUCUACAUCUUGUUUUCAUUUCCUGCAAACGUAUUACUACUACUUGUAUGGAGUAUUACAACCUAGCUAUCCAAGAACAUCUGAUUUUGCUUCAAAAAAGAACUUCGUUACAUGACGCGUAAGGGAAGAAUGUGCUGUACCAUGGCCUCUCUUCUACACAGGGGACACUCAGGCUUUUCUCUGACCCAGUCGCCGAUGCACUCCCAGCAGAAGACAUGCCCGCACUGGGUGGCGGCGGGAUCCUUCAUCUCCUCGAGACACAGUGUACACUUGCGCUGCUGGCUUCCCUUGAUGUAUCCCAUGGUGGAUUCGUUUUCGAGAUGGAACCUCGGAAUGCCGCUCAUGGGGGUGUGUGUUGUCGUGGCGAUGUCCACCUUGCUCGCCUGGGCACCGGUGCUCCCACUGAGCAAAAGUUCGUUGUUGGAUGCGGUAUAGGUAUUGUUGUGGCUGAGGGAGACAUCAAGUUCCCCCGAGUGGAAAGCGGCCCUCUCGCGCUGGGACGAGGCGAC